AUGUCGGAACAACUUUGGACCUUUGGCGUAGAGCUGGAAUUUCUUCUGGGUGAAGCUAUGCCAGGGACAAAACAAACUGAUGCUCGUGUCGUUCAUUCCCCGCCUACAGAGUUGACCAAAGAAGAGCAUGACGACGAGGUCUGGGCUCAAAAGGGCGAGAUUACCUUUGAGGCAGAACCUACAUGGAACAAUGCGACUGCACAUAUUCUAAAAACCUUGACAGAAGCUGGCAUCGAGGUUGAAAGAGACGGAUCGGGUGGUGACUUUGACGCUCCCGAUCUUACUAAAUGGCAACUCAAGUCUGACAGCAGCCUCGAAAUCUAUCCUGAUUCCAAUCCUUUAUAUAACAAGUAUGCAUGGUAUCAGAUUGAGCUCGUCAGUCCAGCUUUCUGGAACUCCUCCUCAAGCUACCAGGAGGUUCGAAAAGUGUUGGAAUUAUUGAAUUCCACGUAUCUCCUUGUGAGUAAUGCAUCGACAGGCCUGGUACGUAUUUUCCCAAUUUAACUAUUGAGAAAUAUGCUAACAUUGUCACAGCAUGUCCACGUGGGCACAGGAACCAAGGCUGGUCCUAGUUUCGAGUUGUUGAAAAAGGCCGGUGCUUUUUUCUAUGCGUUCGAGCCUCAACUAACAACGCUCCAUCCUGAAAACCGCCAAGGCGGCAGUUAUGCCCAGACUAUAAGAGACACUUCUCGUUUCUCAAUGAAGAGGCAAAGUCGGUACAUAGGACCACCGUCCAUAUGGAGAGGCAUCUCUCAUUUUCUGAACGCUAAAAAAAUUGAAAAUCUCGUUCGGGACAUAGGAGAUUCGUAUAGUAAGAUCCCCUCUCCAUAAUUGAUUUAGAAUUAUAGCUAACUUAUUAAAGACCCCAAGCUUAUGGCCUACAACCACAACGGCCUUCGAAAAAGAAUGUUCUCUAUUAG